AUGCCGAUUCAUCUGGUAACAGAGGAAAUGAAGUCCAAAGCCAAAGUUUACCAUGGAAACGAAACAUGCACAGAGAAGCUCACAUCGUUGUUAGAAGAAAAAGGGUUACCAAAGGGCUUGCUACUAACUCUCCAGGACAUACACGAAUACGGUCAGGUCAAGGAUAACGGCUUUGUUUGGCUCCGACAUCUGUGCCGACACAAAACGACGUCGAAGAGGGACAACCUCCCCAUGUUCGAUAAUGUCGUCGUUAGGUACGAUGCAAAAAUCGAGGCAUAUUUUGAGACCAACAAGAUCAGGAACCUGACGGGUCAUUAUAAGAAUUAA